AUGACGGUGCAGAUGACCAACCUCAAGCAGCAGCAACUCCAGCCAGAGAAAGAGAUCCUGAGCGCCUUGCUGGAACAACGGUGCGAUGAGAUUGCGUUGGAGUCCCAGGCCGAGACGUGUGGAGGCCGUCUGGGGCAUGAGACGCCGGAGGGACUCUCGUCGAAGCUACAAAUCGACAGCUUGACAGAGGACGGCGACGAGACCGAGUUCCGAGAGGAGCUGCUGAACGAGGCACCGAACGGGGGCGAGGAGGAUGCCGUGGAGGCCUUCUCUCUGGAUCCGGAGUUUGAUUACGACAACCCGCCCGAGGGCAUGUCUGGCAAAAUCGACCCAAACGAUCUCCGGCUCUUGCGGGAGGUGAGCGGUGAGGAGAAACUCGGGUGUAGCUUUCAUGGUUCGGCCCCCUGA